AUGGAACACCACCGAGACACCUUGGAGGAGGUGCAUAUGGUAGGGGCAGGUGGAAUGACGCGUGUGCAGAUCCUCUCCUUUCUCACCGAGAGUAUCAAGCUGCAGAUCUUUGACGCAAUGUGCAUGCUGGAGAUGGAGAGCCUCAAUCCCGAGAUCCUGACUAGGCAGCGGAUUGGCGAUGCGAUUCACACGACGGCCGAUAUGGACGCCGUUGCGAGUACGAUCCCCUGGGCAUGCACUGGUCUCAAGAUCCUGAAGUUGCUGUAUGCGGUCAUCGAGAGAGCCCAUCAGGAUAACGACGAGGAAGAGGAGCAGGAAGAAAGUUAG